UAAGGCCAUGCGAUGUGUGGGGGGACAAUUAUAAAAGGCGUGAGCUCUGAGGGAUUCUGCACCGCGCUGGGAAGAGGAGUCAGAAGCUGUCCAGUGCCCGGUGUAGGACCGACCAUGGCCAAGGAGUGGGGCUACGCCAGCCACAAUGGUCCUGACCAUUGGCACGAACUUUACCCCAUUGCCAAGGGAGACAACCAAUCCCCCAUCGAGCUGCAUACUAAGGACAUCAAGUAUGACCCCUCUCUGCAGCCGUGGUCCACAGCUUAUGACCCCGGCUCUGCCAAGACCAUCUUGAACAAUGGGAAGACCUGCAGGGUGGUAUUUGAUGACACCUAUGAUAGGUCAAUGCUGAGAGGUGGUCCUCUUACUGGACCAUACCGGCUUCGCCAGUUUCAUCUUCACUGGGGAUCUUCGGAUGAUCAUGGCUCAGAGCACACUGUGGAUGGAGUCAAGUAUGCAGCGGAGCUUCAUCUGGUUCACUGGAAUCCGAAGUAUAACACUUUUGGAGAAGCUCUGAAGCAACCCGAUGGAAUAGCUGUGGUUGGCGUUUUCCUGAAGAUAGGACGUGAGAAAGGCGAGUUCCAGCUGGUCCUUGAUGCAUUGGACAAAAUUAAGACAAAGGGCAAGGAGGCGCCUUUCAUCAACUUUGACCCGUCCUGCCUGUUCCCGGCUUGCCGUGACUAUUGGUCCUACCAUGGCUCCUUCACCACGCCCCCCUGUGAGGAGUGCAUCGUGUGGAUCCUGCUCAAGGAGCCCAUGACCGUGAGCUCUGACCAGAUGGCCAAGCUGAGGAGUAUCUUCUCCAGCGCCGAGAACGAGCCCCCGGUGCCGCUGGUGGGAAACUGGCGCCCCCCUCAGCCCAUCAAAGGCAGGGUGGUGAGAGCGUCCUUCAAGUGAGACCCGGGCUGGCCGCUGACCCUCUUCAGGACCAGAAAUUCGUGCCCGGAGAGUUGGCUUCCUUCCUUCCUCCUUUUGGUGCUCCUUAUUCUUGCAAAUCUCAGCUUUCCACACUGAGCAAAUCAUGGGAGAGAUGCAAUCAGCAGGAAACCAAAGUUACUUAUAUAUAGCAAGGGAUGGUAUGAAAGGAUUUGGCUUUUGUAAGCUCAUCUUUCCCCAAAAAAGUAGGAUUUCCUGGUAAGGAUACAAAGACGUGACCAGAAAAGUGAAGAUAUGGAAAAAAUAUGGCAAUUGGGUGUCAUUUAUUCUGUCAUUUAAAAUUUCACAGAACUUCCAUUUUACUGUUUUCGUAUGCAUGUCCUCCGUGGCAAAGGAAUAUUAAAUGUAGAAGAUCAAAAUAUUAAAAUAUGAAGGUCAAACUGCAAUUAAACAUGUCAGACACUAAAAUAGCCACAAACAUUAAGAAUUGAAAUGAGAAUCUUAUUUCAAGUUUUAACUCUUAAACAAAACUAGCAAGACAAUCAUGUUUAAUUGUAAUUUAUUACAGUUAAAGUCACUAGAAAAAUCACCUUUUAAUGAGCAAUGUGAGGAAACAGAGAGAUCCGGAAUUUUUUAAAAAAAUGACCCAGUAUCUGAACUUCUUUGUUGAAUGAUUAACUUUAUCCUAAUUUCUUUACCUGAAGGAGGGCCAUUUAUUUUACAUUUUUACUACUUUUUAUCUUUGCAUGCUUAUUAAAACAAAACUGCUUCUCAUAUCAUUGAAAUUUGAAGGCAAAAUUAAUGAUCCCAGAACACGCGGAAAUAAGUGCACUUAAAGUAAAAGCUGAUCAUUAAAACUUAUAAAGAUUAUAAA